CAUCAGACACAUGGGAGCAUGGGCAGCGCUGCUGAACAGUAACCUGCUUCUUAGCCGGACACAGGAGACGGGCACAGGAAUUUCAGGUCACAAGGGCCGCUUCUGGGCAGGGCUGCGAUUCCAACCUCUCCCCAUCAUGAAAGAGGUUGAGUAGCGGCAGAGCAGGAACUUCUCAGGGACAAAAACCACAUUUCAGGAUGGGAAGGUUUGAGGUGGCCUGUGUGCUGCUGCUGGUGCUGCUCUGGGCUCUGAGGCGGAGCGUCCCGGUGUCAGCAGGCUGUGCGGGGAAAUGUUGCCCUGGAAGAGACUUGAGCUGUGUCACCACCGACUGGAGGAUGGACCGAAUAUUCGGAGCUUGCUACUGCGACGAAGCCUGCGUCCAAACCAAAGACUGCUGCUUCGACUUUUUCAGCCAGUGCCCAGGUCGCGACUGUUACGUGAGCGACUGGAGUUUUUGGAGCGGCUGUGCCAAGCCAUGCCAGCCGUCACACAGAGUCAGGGUCCGUCAUGUGACGCAGGAGCCAGGUAACAGUGGCGGGCCUUGUCCGAGUCUGGAGCAGCGAGCCGGCUGCCGGGAGUACAGAGACCACCAGGGGAGGCAGUGCGGACACACUUUAGGUCCAGCAUUCAUCACCAGCAUGGAGUUCAGCAAAGGCAGAGCAAAGCAUGACCACUACGGAGCGCCACUGAAUCCUGGGUUCUGUGUGGAAUUCACGCUGGAGUCUCGCUCCCCCUACUGCACCAUUGAAAACCGGCCGCACACUCUCUGGAUGCGCUAUGUGACAGAGGGAUUCAAAGUGUGUGUGGCAUGCGAACCUCCUGCCAUGAGGAACAACAGCGGCCAGUGCCAAGGAGACGGUCAGGGGUCAGACAAAGAGGACGUGCUGCACUGGCAAGCCGUGGGAAACCCCCGCUGCAGUGGAACCUGGAGGAAGAUCCAGCAAACCAAGCAGUGCGACUGUCCUGCCCAACACAGCUUCAUCUUCACCUGAGAGCGUUCACGCUGCAGUCCUGGCAGACAGACUUACACGGAGCCAACGCCAGCUCCUUUCCCAAGAACCAGUAGCACUUUACCAUGACCAGAAGUCGAAUAAGAAAGGAGCCAGAGUGAGAUUAAAAGCCAACUCUCCUGGGAUCUUACAGUCAGGGGGGUAUAGCUUAUAAAAAAAAACAAAAAAAAAACAGUCCAUUGACUGCUACGAAAAGAGGCUGAAAAUUUCACAAGCCAAUUAUAUAUAUAUAUGGAUGUGAACUCGAUUAUACUUUAACUUAAUACACACAAACGCACAUAUGGGAGUGAAAAGCGAAGCCCCUUCAGGUGUGUAGGUGACACCUGAAGGGGCUUCCAAUCCAGCGAUGAAUAAUGCCACAAAUGCUAUUGCGAGCACUGACCACUUCGACUUUGUUUAUUGAAAAUAUUGUAUGCUUUUUUACAAAAAUAAGUUAAUGCUAAAAUGUUGCAUAAAUAUCAAGUCAAUCUUAUGAGGUCAUUUAAAAAGUUUAGUUUUUGCUUUGGCGCCCCCUGCAGGAGAGAGCAUAAACUCAUAAACAGCAAAAACAGAUCCAUCCGUCUUUUUUUUUCAUCGUACAACUUUGGGCAGAAGGGUAAGCAACAUAGCUACACUUAAAAAAUGACAGGCCACAUCAGCCUACCAGGUGCUUUUUGACCAGAAUUCUCCACCGAUCUUUCAGCAUGACACUGGUCCGGUCCUCGAAGUUGUACGCCAAUAAAAUGCGUGACCACUUGCCGGCGCCAAAUUGUUUCACGCCCUUCUUCAACUGCUCGUCCUGCUCUGUUGUCCAUUUCUAAAGUCGAGUGAAGAUUGAAAUUCCUGAUAAACGUGAUUUAGGCAGAGACAUUUCAAUGUACCUGAGCUGCCAGACUCAACACACCUGAGGAGGUUUUCUCUUCUUCUCACAGGUCGUCUGUGACUUCUGUUUCGGCAUCAGCUGCUGCUGUAAAUCUGUCAGGAACAUAGUUGGACAUUUAAGUGACAAAGCAUGGCUCUGGGCUUCCCAAUGGAUGAAAUGUGCUUUUUUUUUUUUUUUAAAGGGAGCAAAACUCAACACACCUGGACUUGGGAUUCGACUUAGACAGAUGUAAGGUUUCUUGGAUGAGGCUGGGUUCCAUAGCUCUUGUGUUUUGGUUGACAGAAGUUUCCGUUUGUGCCUAUGGAGGAGGGAGGGAAGAGGGUUGUAUUACGUGCUUGAACAGAAAGCAUUAACCUGUUUACUGUAGGGAUGCACCGCUCCACAUUUUUGGACUUCAGAUCUGAUGCCAAUACUGGAAUUUGGAGAUGUGCCGAUAUCGAUAUUCCUCCGAUUUGACACCACAGCUCAGUUUGCAGGGUCUUUUUUUCACCACGACCGUUGCUUGUGCAUUAAUUACAGAAGGCAACUAGAGGUCAGUGUAAGACCACAGAAGGCAGUCAGGAAACCAUGAACUCCUGACAACGGUAAAAACAUUAUCCUGAAAACAACUCUGAUGGUGUCGCAUCAACAUGUUGAUGAAAUCCAGGAGACAGACGUAUGUAGAAAGUGCACGGAUACAACACGCAGCUUCAUUUGAUCAGCAAAACAUCAUCAAUACCUGUGGAUCUAUUUUCUGAGCAACCAGUGGCACAGCACAGACAUUUCAAGUCCAACAUCCCAGAUAUUUGACUAAUUUAAGAACAAACAUUGCAUUUGUGAAUUGAAAACAUCCAAUGCGCUGUUGGUUCACAGGCUGCGCAGCCUUGCUUACCUAUCUAGUGCUCCUGUUAUGUUUUGUCAGCGAACACCACAGUCUACUUUGGAAUCCAACUAACACGUAAAUACCGCACAUCCCAGGACUGAAAGUCAGGGAGCUUUUGCUUGCAUCCUGAAUGGCUACACAUUUUCAGCUGAAGUCUCAAACUCUGAAAACUGUGGGAUGGACUUCCUAAUACACGUCUCCUGCCUCUCACUAAUAUACAGGAAAUCCAUUCCACAGUUUGCGAUGAACUCACAGCAGAAAACGUGAAGCUCACACUCGAAAUGACUUGGAUUAUACUUCCUUACGCUUGGUGCAGAGACACUUCUGCAUCCACCUUAGACACCUAAAACUAAUAAGGAAGCAUAUUGUUAUGGCCAGAUGAAUUGAAACUACUCUCCUUUCCUACAAAGUGAAUUAGACUAAACAAAAUACGUGCAUGACCCUCAGAUCCUGGAAUAAAUUGGUGUCUGCAGCAACACUGACCCAACAGUCAGGAAAAGUCCACUAUAUUAAAGUGGAGUGAGUUUGCGUUUCAGGAGGUGUGAACAGUGAACUGCGACUGAAAAAAAGGAGACUUACUUUAUAGCAGUUGUUAUAUCUGCUUUCCUGGAAGACAGGAGGAAAACAAUGGUCAGAAUCAGAACAAUGGAGGGCAACAGAAAUGACACAAGACUAGUUCUCAUACUCAGCGUUGCCGUUUCCCACAUCCUCCGUUUUCAUCUCAGAGUUUUGUGUCCUUGUGCUUCCACAUCUGCCAAUAUUUCGUGAGUUCUGGAUCAUUUUUGUGGCUUCCUAAUGGCGAGAAACAGAGCAGAGUGAGUUUUGGAUCAUCGCCUCUUUGCCCUCUUUUCAAAACGUCUCUUUUCAGACCCAUGGAUUGUUAUGGAGAAGCAAGUAUGAUUAAUGAGGCUGGUCGCUGGCAGACCUGUCAGUGUUUAACCUUGAUAUGAAUUAUUUUGGAAACAUUCACCCAAAGCAAGUCUUUGAGGCCUUCAGGAGCAGUCGGCCUCAUUCGCCCUCACGGCUAAUUUUGAUGAAAAAUUGGCAGUUAACGUUGACUGAUAAUGUCACAACAGCACUUUAGGUUGGUCAUGACACCAUCAUUCAAAAUAGGGCGAGCAGUGAACUGGUCUGAACACAAGGUAAGAUUUCUCCAUCACUCAAAUGACAGAAUUUAAUAGGAAAGUCUAACUGCUUUAAUCAGAACAAGUAGAAACUGCCAGUCAGCAAUGUUUCUGAUUGAGAACUCUCUCGGGGGGAGGCAGGGACAGCAUUACACUCGGCAUUAAAGUCAGCCUUUAGAAAACUGGAGAAUUCAACACUCCUAUAUUUGCGUUCUGCCACACAUAAGUCAGGAAAGUGAGGCAAUACAACACAACUAAACCUUCAUGCGGUAUCAUUCGGCAAGGCCUCGUCUAAUAACAGCGCCAUUUUAAAAGUCGAAUCAAGUUUAUUUUUUGACUGAAGCAGCUUUUUAUCAUGCACUGUUGACCAACAAAUCCAGUAAAUAACCCUGCUAAGUGGUAUGCUAAAAUGCAAUUGUCAGGGGGGAAAAUAGUGCAUUCAGACUGAGGUAUACUGAGCAGCAAGCAAACACCAUUAGCAGUCAUUGUCACCUCUCAACAUCAACAACAAGGAUUCUUUUAAAGUUGCUUGAUCGUUCAAGACCUUCAAAUUAGGGAAGGGACAGAUACCAUCUAAUAAGGUUUUGGAUUGAUCUCGGAGCGCUGGGACACGCCUCCAUCCAAGAAAUCCAUUCCACUUUCCAGUCAAAUAACAUGAAACCGUUUAAUAAUACUUGGAGCGAAUCCUUACUUCACAAGAGAUGUCUGCUGUGUGGAAUUACUUGGAACCUGAAGUACAUGUAAAAGUGUUAACUUGUAGUGUGCUAUCUGCUGGCGGCCCCGCAGGACAGCAAGAAGUACAAAGUACAAACAAAGUAGGGACGCUCCGAUCAGGAUUUUUGCUGCCGAUCACUGAUGCCGAUCGCAUGGAUUGAAUCAAAAUGAUGAGACCUUCUGUGUCCAUGAUGUGAGAAAAUGAACUUUAAAUCAUUUUAAUUCAGACACAUUUAUAUACCUCUUCAAGGUGGCAAAAAAAUAGAAAAACUGAAUUGCUGAAUGCAGCAAUUACUCUGUCAAAAGGACGACUGAAAAAACAUUUAAUUUGAUGUGAGACGUCGCAGGUGAAUCUUUAGAGACUGUGGAGUGUCCGUGAAAUAUUUACAUACUGUAGCGGGACACGAGACAGAGAGCACUGCAAUUAUGAAAGCUUCCACUCCCGCUGUUUGCAAAGGUUUCAGAUUCAGAUGGCUGACAAACGCUGCAAAACGGCAGCAGACCCGGCCAAUUCCGUUUCCGAGUAAACCACACCUGAGACAGGCUUCUCAUCUAGCUUGGUGAAAUAAAUAUUAUUUCUUGUCAUUCCGAAUGUCAUGCUCGGACCGACGGGUGUUGUGGCGAUCAUGAGCCCGGAAGUGCUGGCGCUUUAAAUGGCGUGUUUAAUUUGAAGGCACUUCCCUGCACAGCAUUUUCCCAUGCAUGUGCUGUAGGAUGUAAACUUUAUGUGACAGCUUGAAAGAACCAUCACAGCAGAGAGCAGCGAGUAGGGAGGAGCGGACGCGUCACAACCAGCCGGGCUUCAUCAGAGCACCGGCUGUGAUCAGUUGUUGUGGUCAGCAGUGACAGGUAGAGAUCGGCAACGCACCGAUCAGGAUCGGUGACUGAUCAAUCGAAGCAUCCCUAGUUCAAAGUUUUUGCAUCAUUUACGGAGUGACAUAAUUCUUGUUUGAAAUCAGACUCAUUUACUCCUUCUGCACUGUUCUUUCACUCAAAAAGAAUGUAAGCGGGAAAAUCCUUACUUGAUGAUGCAAAUGAAGUGAACGUAAUUCUCUUGAUCAGAUAAAGCAGCCUACUAUAUACAUUGGUCUGUGUUGAUUUACUGAACAGUAACUGACAAUUCGAAGCCCCCAGAAAGGCAAUUUUGCUUUCUGUUUUCCUGUGGAGAUUUUUUGACUUCAUUAUUUUUUUCUUUUCUAAUACUCAAUCAAAUAAUGACAAAAAUAAUAAAGCAAGCUCUGGUAUCGGAUCAG